GGAACGCGUUUCGGGCUAGUUUGGCCCUUCGGAGGCGCCGUAGCGGGGUGGUUGGCGCCGGCCUGGCUUCCGGGAGGAGCCGCAGUGGCUGGUGUGAGGGAGCGCGGCGCCGAGCAGGAUGGAAGAAAACAGUUAAUUAAAGUAGAAACAAACUUGGAUGAAGAGUUUUAAAGGGAAGUGGCCACAGUUUAGCCAGUUGGUGUUAGUAUUAGGAGAUCUUCACAUUCCACAUCGAUGCAACAGCCUCCCAGCCAAAUUCAAAAAACUGCUGGUUCCGGGAAAGAUCCAACACAUCCUCUGCACAGGAAACCUCUGCACCAAGGACACUUAUGACUACCUCAAGACUCUGGCUGGGGAUGUUCAUGUUGUCAGAGGGGACUUUGAUGAGAACCUGAAUUAUCCUGAACAGAAAGUUGUAACUGUUGGACAGUUCAAAAUUGGGUUGAUUCAUGGCCAUCAGGUUAUUCCUUGGGGUGACAUGGCCAGCCUGGCACUGCUACAAAGGCAAUUUGAUGUGGACAUCCUAAUUUCAGGACAUACACACAAAUUUGAGGCAUUUGAACAUGAAAACAAGUUCUAUAUCAAUCCAGGAUCAGCUACAGGAGCCUAUCAUGCCUUAGAGAAUAACAUCAUUCCUUCGUUUGUGCUGAUGGAUAUCCAGGCUUCUACAGUAGUUACAUAUGUCUAUCAACUAAUUGGAGACGAUGUGAAAGUAGAAAGAAUUGAGUACAAAAAAUCUUAAAAAUGUUUUUGCUUGUCUGCUAUUUUUACCAUCUCAUUCUGAACUGCAAGUUACUACAAUACUUGAUUGCUAGUUUACAGUACUACACUUCCUUGCUAACAGCUUAAUAAUGUAGCUUAUUGAUAAUAACUUUAAAACAACAUUGUGUUUGCUUUUCUCUGUAUCAAUUGAUUUGUAAAAUACUGCAUUAAAAUUACUGUUUAAAUACUG